AAUUAGACAAUUUGAUAUAAUUCUUCAAAAUAAUAUUGAAUUUCUUUAAAAUUCGCGGGCAAGAAAAAGACGCUAUUUCUGCGGGGUGCGGAGGGUGACAAUAAAUGUGACGCCGUUGAAAUCGAAAGUUGCUUGGCGUCAUUCGCAGUUUUCUAUAGUGGAUGAUAUAGUCAAAUAUCGCUCGGUGUAUUUCAACCGUCUAUGGACUUCCUCCAUGUAGUUGCAGCAAAUGACCAAAAGGUGGCGGAGUUCUCCCUAUAUCGUUGCCCCGAUGCUGUCGAUUUGACUGGGCCUAUUUCGAGGAAGAACAUCCUGCGAAGAAAAAGAAUGAGAAGUUCACGAAUGUCAUCCCUAGGUUUCACUAGUAUACGAAUUGAGGGCUCCGUAAACUAUUGACGAAGAUCUGCAAAUUUUCCGACGGAAUAUACGGGAGGUUGAAUUCCUAAUUUUGUGGAAUUGUUAAAUGUUGUUAUAAAUAGUUCGUUGGAAGAUAUAUAGCUGAAAAUUUUCGUUUGCGGCUCUUUCUCACAGGGCGAAAUUCAAUAUAAUUUCAUAAUAUAAGCAAACGUUGCCUUUUAGUGUUAAAGGAAACUAAUAAUUAGUGUCUAGAUUAAACCACAUCAAAAAUGGCGUUCUCCUUUAUAAAUUGCUUUUAAGUUCACCAUGUGUCGUAUUAUGUGAUAAAUAUUAUUCGCCGGGUAUAUCUGCGAUACUGCUGUUGAAUAUUGAGAUUUUGUGAAGACCGCAAGAUGUUAGAUUUUGUGAAGUCGCAACAAUUUUGUGUCAAAUGGAACAGUUACAGUUCCAAUCUCCAGAGUGUAUUUCCUCGCCUAUUGAAUAGUGAACAUUUUGUGGACAUAACACUGGCCUGUGAAGGGCAGAUGAUAAAAUGCCACAAAGUUGUCUUGUCGGCAUGUAGUACAUAUUUUGAAAAAUUAUUAGUGCAGAAUCCAUGCCAGCAUCCUAUUAUAUUUAUGAAAGACAUGAAACAUUGGGAAGUUCAAGCGUUGGUGGACUUCAUGUACAGAGGAGAAGUGAAUGUGAGUCAGGAAGAAUUAAAUUCUCUUCUUGUAGCAGCUGAAGCCCUGCAAAUACGGGGUCUGUGUGGUUCAGAUAAUGCAAAUCGCCAGCAAGAAGGGGUUCGCCAACCUUCAUCCCCGCUUUCCAAAAUACCAGCUGUUUCUUUACCAAAUGAUAUUGAAUUGUCGGGGGGAACCUCAUUAGGCCAUGAGUCACCUCCCCAGAAGAAACGAAAAAUACCAGGUGAUGAGAAAGAUCCAUCUCAGUCAGUUACUCCAAGAAUCUCUUCCGUUAGUGGUAGUACACUCGGGGCUGAUUCCAAUGUUGUUCUUGCUCCAUCUGCUUCAAGUGAUCAGUUUAGGACAGACGGUCCUAGUGAAGAUGUAGAGGAGGAGUUGAAAGACAAAAGGAUUAAACAAGAGGUGGAAACAGAUGAUAAUUUUCUUGAAGGGGAUGGGGAUGGAGGUGUGCCAGACGAUGAAGCAGGCGUGGAGCAGCAAGAGGAUUCUGACAGCAACAACCGUGAGGAUGUUCAUUCCAAUGCACUUCUUGAUCAGCCUGGCCCUUCAGGAAUCGCUACUACUGGCCCUGCUGAGAAAGCUGCUACAGUUUUGUGUUUUUCAUCUGAAGAAACUUCAACUUGUGGUGCUGUAUCUGUGCAUAUUCCAGUGAGAAAAACAAGGUCUAGACAAGAUCGAAAAUCUUUGAGUUCAGCUGCUGAACUGGUGUUGCAAGGCACGUCAUUGAGACGUGCUUGUGAAAAGUAUCAGGUUGCACGAAGCACUCUUUAUGACUUCAUGAAACAAUUGAAUGCUGCAUAUGCUCUUCAGAAUGUGAUGUGUGUUUUGUCACCGUCGAUGUCUGCUGGCAAGAUCCCAAUAAUGGCUAUGCCAAAUACACCAGAUUCAAAGGAAUAUAUUCCUAUGCCGUCACCUGGAUCAUCACCUGGAUCUACUAGAUUUGUUAGUAGUGACCUUCAAGAAAUAAAAAUGCCGACUGAAUGCAUAACUAAUCCACUUCAGCGAGAAUUGGCAGAUAGUAUUAUCAGAAUGGUCCCACUAGAUGAAAUACGUAUUCUCUUGGCAUGUGGUGCUAAAGUCAAUGAACCUGUCACUCAAGGCUUACGUCCCCUUCAUUAUGCUAUUUGGCAACGAUAUGCAGAGGCUGCUCGCCUCUUAUUAGUGAGAGGUGGAGAUGUGAAUGCGAGAGAUGAAUGUGGUUAUUCUGCUCUGCACCUUGCAUCUGAGCAUGGGUAUGUGGAGUUAGUAACUCUCUUGUUACACCAAGGGGCUCGAGUUGAUUAUCGGGAAGAUACUGAUGAUCCAUUUCCACGAACAACUCUUUGUGAUGAACCUCUGCGUUUAGCAAUUCGAAAUCGACAUGCGGAAGUUGCUCGCCUUCUUCUUGAACAUGGUGCAGAUCCAAAUAAAAGAUAUUUUUUUGGUUCUGAAAUCAACCUUGUAUCUCCUCUUGAUUUGGAAUUCAUGCAAUUACUGCUAACUUUUGGAGCAAAUCCAGACACGAGAGAUCGAGCUGGAUUGACACCACUGAUGAAGGCUGCUCGUCUUCCACAGGGAAUGGAUUCUGUUUUGUUACUGUUAUCGUUUGGAGCUGAUGUAAAUGCCAUGACAGAUGCACGUCAUGAUUAUCGAACUGUUCUUCAUUAUGCUGUUCUCUCGGGCAAUCUUGAUACUAUUAACCUUCUUCUAAAGCAAGGGGCAAAGGUGAAUUUUUCAAGUGACUAUCAGAAACCAACACCUUUGGAUUUAGCAAUUUUGAAAGGCGAUCCUGAACUUGUGAAGUUACUAUUAAAUGCAGGGGCAAAUGUUAACUCAAGUUCGCCAAUAAUUGGCACACCUCUUCAUGUAGUGUGUGCAGAUAAUAUUCCGAACCGUAUGGAACUCCUACACUUAUUGCUUUCAAAUGGGGCUGACCCUAACCUUGUGAUUGAAAGUGAUGAAGGUCCUCCACUUCGUCCAGUCCUUGCAGAAUACAUAGCAUCUAAUGAAGAACCUUGUCCAGCAGUUGUGAAUAUGCUCUUGAGAUAUGGAGCUAAGGUGGUAAUGAAAACUCAGUUUCGUGACCCACAUGGAAUUCUCAAUUCACUUCAGAAUUUAGCAAAGUUUCCUUCUCUCUUCGUUAGUCUUGUUGGAGCGGCUGAAAGUUUUGAUUUGUGUAUGAUAAGAAGAUCAUCUGCUCUGAAUCAAGACCAAAAAGAUAUAUUAGUGGAACUUGCAAAACAACCUUUGUCAUUGCAACAUCAAGCACGAUUGUUUAUUAGACGUUUCUUAGGCAAGAAAGGCCCUUUAAUAAUCCCUCAACUUCCUAUUCCAGUUAUCCUCCAUCAGUAUUUGAUGUACAAUUUUAGUUAAAUGGUAUUCCACAAUGUCUUUUUUUAAUGAAAUUUUUUUUGUGUGUAAUAUUUAGAAAAUUCAAUUUUCUUAUUUUGACUAUUAAAAGAGCAGGUCUCAUGUAUCUGUUUUAUUUUAUGGAAGUCAUGCUAGUCAGUAUUUAGAAACCAUGCAUCGUAUUAUCUUACCUUGGUAAAUUAUUAAAAAUGAUCAACAUUUUUGAAUAUGGAAAAUUUAUUAUUGUCAGAACAUCUUUGCUCUCUGUUCAUUAUAGUAGAAAUGAUGGUUUAUGGGAGAAUACAACUGGCUGUGUAUGGUGAUUUGUAAACAUAGUUUUUUACACAUUUUAGCAAAUAUGUUUAUAUAUGUAUAUGUUUGUGUGAAAACUAUUUUUAUACCUUUGUAAAAGCAAUGAGUGUUAUUAAAGCAACUUGAAUGAAAUGUUUCUUUGUGAUCAUUCUGUUAUUAAUGCAUCUUUCUAGGUUUGUACACAUGAAACAAAGAAAUCUGAAAACAUAUUGCAUUGUACAAACUUACCAUACCUAACUUCUUUGAUUCUUUGCA